GAAUGCAAGCAUAUCAUUUCUGGGUACUUGAAAUGUAUCAAGUCGAAUAAAGGCACCAAUGACGAGGCGUGUCGCAGACUGGCCAAGGACUACCUCGCUUGCCGGAUGGACAAGAAUCUGAUGGCCCCCGACAACUUCGAGAACCUCGGACUCAUAUUCAAGGAGGGUCAAGAUAAAGGCACUUCUCCGACCAAUACGACACAAGGAGGAGAAAAAGGAGCAGGAAAGGCCGACUGA